GCUUUCCGUAGUUCUGAGACUGAGCGCGCAGCGGAGCGGGUCCUGGUGGGAAAUUUGUAUCUCCUCAGGGGGAUGUGUGUUUUGUGUGUGUGUGAGCUCUGGAUUCUUUCAAAGCAUGGCUCUUAACUUUCAGACAUCCACCCUUUCUCUGACUUUGCCGAUUUCGUGCCAGAUAUGUCUCGGAAAGGUCAGGCAGCCGGUCAUUUGUGGCAACCACCACGUGUUCUGUUCGUCUUGCAUGGAUACGUGGUUGAAGAAAGCUAGCCAGUGUCCCACCUGCAGAGUCCCCAUCACAGCAGACAACCCCUGCAGAGAAAUCAUCGGAGGCACAAAUGAGAGUGAUCACAGUGAUAGCCCUUCUGUGAGGAAAUGUCUCAGAAAAACCAGAGGAGAACUGCUUUUACGGGAGUAUGAGGAGGAAAUUGAAGGGCUCAUCAGAGAAAACGAGGAGCUGAAAAUGAAAAAUCUAAGUCUGGAGUCACAACUGAAGACUGCUUUGGAUCCCUGCAGCAUUAAUACGGUGCAAACAGGCGACAAAAAAGUCGACCCCUAUGUCCUGGAAGAAUGGACAAACAAGCUGCGAGCUGCCACGGAUGUUUGCAAUAAAGUAAAGCAGGACAUGGACAAGCUUAAGGAGGCAAAUAAGGUAUUACGAUCUCAAAAUGUUGACCUUGUGCAAGAGAAUAUGAGAUUGAAGGCAGAGGUGGUGAGCAGAUCUCCUCAGAAGUUUGGGCGUUACACAGUGGCAGCACUGGAAGCUAAAAUCCAGCAGUAUGAGCGUGACGUGGACCACUUGAAGAGGGCUCUGGAUCGCAGUGACCAGUACAUUGAAGACCUGGAGUCUCGGGUCAGUACGUCUGAAAAGAGACCGCUUGAGGUGCAGGAAGCAUGUGGCAAGGCUGGGUCAGAAGCUUUCACACAGCAGCAGAAAAUCAACAUGAUGAUGAGAAGCUUGAGUGACAAUGAGAGGGAGUCGAUCUGCAGCAAUCCGGAGGCAGAAUGUCGAACAUUUUCUCGAAAUCACAGUUUGAUUUUCAUGCCAUCUGCAGAUAAGAAAGAGUUUAAUAAGAGUCUGACAGAAGACAAUAAAACCGAGGACUUGGAAAGCACUUGCUCUGACCUUUUGCCCACCACUCCGUCCUCUGCCUUCCGGUCCCUAACUCUGAGAAGCCCUGGCAUACGUGAAAAGAAAGUUGCAUUUAAACCUGUGUCUUAUCUGAGGAAGCUUGAUUUUGAAGAAUUCCCUGUUCCUGGCAAGAGUAGCGGCACCAUGGAGAACCAAUUCAACAGCCUUGACAAAUUCUCCAAAGGUCUGCUUCCAGAUACUAACAUGGAACCCUCAAAGUCUGUCUGGGAUGGUUGGCAGAGAUCUAAAUCUAAUGACCAGUCUUGUCCAGGCCCUUGUAAAGAACUCUCUGUUAAAGGAGCCAUAUCCACUGAUCUUGUAGACGAUGAGCCAGAUGGUUUCCAGAUGUCCAGCGAGGCCUCCAUGGAUGCAGCAUACCUGGACAAAAUCUCAGAGUUGGACUCCAUGAUGCUGGACGGAGAGAGUUCCAGUAGCCGGGGGUCACAGCUCUCCCUGGCCUCCUCUCCUCACACAGACUUGGACAACACUCUCAUCUCAGAACCACAAACCUGCCCCGAUGUCUUGUCAAGCCGUGGUUGUAAACCUGUGAUACAGUGUGACCAGAAGAGCCACCCACCACGUGGCAUCUUGAAUGACAAAGAGGCUCCAAAAGGCUCUACACAGGAAUGUUCUGCUGCGCUGGUGUCAGACAGGGGGAGCAGUGCCCAUGACCCUGCCAGUGCAGAGCAUGCAGGGCCCUCUCAGACCGAUGAACUGUCUUUUGAUUUGUUGUUUGAUUCAUUGGAAGAGAAUAAGGCCGGGCCCUCUGGCUCUCUCAGUCCAGCAAGCCGUGAUCAUGGUCAUGUAAACCCUUCUGCCUCCUCUUCUUCCUGCUGCACUGGUAAAUCUGUGAACACAAGAGACAGACACGCACUGAACGUCAGUCAGCCAACAAAGAGGAAGUCCCACAGUCCGUUUAACACAAGCAGUCCCACAAAACUUUCAAAGCUCAUGUGAAGGUUUUAAAAACUGAACCUGUGUGUUUUCACUGUACGACACACUGGUGUGUUUUUGGUCAGGAAACAUUAACUCAAUGUUGCUUCAGAAUAAAUUUGUGAAUGACA